UUUUCCAUCACUCACUCCAAUGUCGCCUAUUAGUACAGUAGUAUUGCCCCAUUCACUCAUAAAACUAUCGCCUACGAAGCCACAGUGAUAACAGCAUUUGUUAUACUUGGUGGUUGUGAGAUAUUACUAUUGCGAUUAUGAGGUCUGAGAUGUACAAGACAGCCGCUAGAGCCGCCAGGUCUCUCCUCUCUUCUUCAAAGUCCACCGCUUCUCAUCUUCUCCCUGCAGUUUCACUUAAAGGAACACAAGCACUUCCUUUCUUAGCUUCCUAUGGGAGGGCUAAUUCUCAUAAUGCAUCUGCUCGGUGGCUGUCUGGAGCCCUAGCUCUUCCUGCUGCAGCUUAUAUGCUUCAAGAGAAUGAGGCAAAUGCCGCACAGAUGGAAAGGACUUUCAUUGCUAUCAAACCUGAUGGAGUGCAAAGAGGACUAAUUUCAGAAAUCAUAUCGCGUUUUGAACGAAAAGGUUUCAAGCUUGUAGCAAUCAAAAUAACAGUUCCUUCGAAGGACUUUGCCAAGAAGCAUUAUCAUGACCUUAAGGAAAGACCUUUCUUUGAUGGUCUGUGUGACUUUUUAAGCUCUGGUCCAGUGAUUGCAAUGGUUUGGGAAGGAGAGGGUGUGAUCAAGUAUGGUCGAAAACUUAUUGGAGCAACCGAUCCUCAGAAAUCAGAGCCUGGAACCAUUAGAGGUGAUCUGGCUGUUGUUGUUGGAAGAAAUAUAAUUCAUGGAAGUGAUGGUCCUGAGACUGCUCAAGAUGAAAUCAAACUCUGGUUCAAACCUGAAGAACUGACAAGCUAUGCUAUUAAUUCCGAAAAGUGGGUUUAUGGAGUCAAUUAAGAAGACUUGUUUCUUCAGUAGCUUGAAACAAUUUUUCCUUUCCAAAAGAUAAGAUACUGGGUAGAAUGAUCAGAAUAAAUGGUUUCUAUUGAUGUGUUUUUUAUGAAUCACUACUCACAACUGAAAGACGGGAAUAAAUUUAGCACUCUUUUAUUUGUUGAUUCACUUGAUGUAACCAUUAGAAAUUUCAACUUUAUUGUUAUUUAUCCGGUUCUCAAGAUGUAAUCAUCUAAAUUUAUGAGGAUAUGAGGCAUUCAGAACUUAAUUGUUCUAUAUUGUAGCAUUCCUUCGAAUA